CCUAGCUAUAAGUGACCGUGUCGCUCUCCAGUGCUUGUGGAGGACGGUCCGGUAAAGCAUGGCGACUCUCCUGUGUGUGGUUCUGGUCUUGGCCAUGAUGAACUUUGGAUAUGCAUCUGCUGAGCCUGUGCUUGACGAUACACCCGUGACUGUGACGGCCGAAGCGGGGACGGUAGCCACAUUGCCCUGCCCCCUGACGUCCAAGGGAAGCUACCGGGUUGUGUGGAGGGACCCGUCAUCUACCUGGUUGACGUUCGACAGUAAAGUCCUCGUCAAAGGCUCCCGUCUCAGUAUACACCAGUCUCAGGCCUCACGGUGGGAUCUUCGUAUAGACUGGGUCAGGCAGUCAGACCAGGGUACUUACACAUGUGUUGUCAACACCCACCCAAUGAUGACGAAAACAGUCAGUCUCGUUGUAGCAGGUUAGAACAGUCCACCCACGACCGUCACUGUACACGUACACGUACAGAAGAGAACUAGGAUUCCGACUGAAAGACUAACGCAACUCAUAUGAGGUGCGGAGCGGCGGAACCACUCCAGGGUGCGCGUUGUCGUCAUCUAGAGACAGUACGAAAACUAUUCAACAGGAGGUUGUCCCAAAACUAUAUCUGAACUGUCAUCGGCACUAUGUAUAUUGUUCUCAUAAUAAACAAUAAACUUUGUGAAUGUAUUUUAACUGGAAUAUAUAAACAAGG